AUGUAUGAUGGUUUCACCUCAGUUCCAUGGACAGCUCCACCUGUGAACGAAAUGAAAUCGGAUCCACUCGCCUUCCUUUUCACAUUGACCCACACCUCACACCAGGCUAAAUGUGAUUUUGAAGAAGCAAAAACGGCUGUUUGGCAUAAGGCUGAAGCAGGUCCGAUAAUUGGGUCCAAUCAGGAUCUUUAUCUUGAUGAUCAGAGUAACUGGAUCAAUAAUAAUUACAUCAAUUUAUCUUUUGCUUACAUUGAAAAAUCGGAUGGCACAGAUAGACGGACAUAUUCGGAUUUCAUGCCAUUUACACCAGAAGAUAUUGAAGUACACAAAUUAUUGUAA